AUGAAAUGCAACCGAAUCCAGAACUUGUCCGGGCCAUAGCCAAUAGCUACGCCGCGCAUCUCCGCCUCUGUUUGCCGCUCCGACGAACGUCUCUGAAACUCGCGCGAGCCAUCCAUGCCAAUAUCAUUACUUUCGGUUUCCAACCACGUGCCCACAUCCUCAACCGUUUGAUCGAUGUCUACUGUAAAUCGUCAGAGCUCCGAUAUGCACGCCAACUGUUCGAGGAAACCUCUGAACCAGAUAAAAUCGCCAGAACCACCAUGGUCUCCGGGUACUGUGCUUCCGGAGACAUCAACCUCGCUCGACGUGUUUUCGAGGAAACCCCAGUGAGUACGCGAGAUACUAUAAUCUACAACGCCAUGAUCACUGGCUUCACGCACAAUCACGACGGGUGCUCUGCUAUUAACAUGUUUUGUACGAUGAAGCGCGAAGGAUUCAAACCCGAUAACUUCACUUUCGCGAGCGUUCUCGCGGGUUUGGCGCUCGUUGUCGAAGAUGAGAGAGACUGUGUGCAGUUUCAUGCCGCAGCUCUGAAAUCGGGCGCUGGUUACAUCACUUCCGUUUUGAACGCUCUUGUGUCUGCGUAUUCGAAAUGUGCUCUGUCUACUUCAUCCUCUCCGUUACAUUCAGCGAGAAAAGUGUUUGAUGAGAUCCCUGAGAAAGAUGAGAGGUCGUGGACGACGAUGAUCACGGGUUAUGUAAAGAAUGGUUGUUUUGACUCAGGGAAAGAGUUGCUUGAGGGGAUGGACGAGAAUAUGAAGCUAGUUGCUUAUAACGCUAUGAUCUCUGGCUAUGUUCAUCGCGGGAUGUAUCAGGAGGCGCUGGAGAUGGUUAGAAAGAUGGUUUCGUCUGGAAUUGAGCUCGACGAGUUUACAUAUCCUAGCGUUAUAAGGGCGUGUGCCACUGCAGGAUUGCUUCAGCUGGGAAAGCAAGUCCAUGGUUAUGCGUUAAGGAGGGAGAAUUUCUCGUUUCAUCUCGACAACUCUUUGGUCUCGUUAUAUUACAAAUGCGGUAGAUUUGUCGAGGCAAGGGCCAUUUUCGAUAAAAUGGCGGCAAAGGACUUGGUUUCUUGGAACGCUUUGUUAUCAGGGUAUGUUAGCUCAGGGCACAUAGGUGAGGCGAAGUUGCUUUUCAAAGAGAUGAAAGAGAAGAACAUCUUGACGUGGAUGAUAAUGAUAUCGGGGUUAGCCGAUAACGGGUUUGGAGAAGAAGGCUUGAGGCUGUUUUCUUGUAUGAGGAAAGAAGGUUUCGAGCCUUGCGAUUACGCAUUCUCAGGGGCGAUCAAUGAUACGGUGAGCGAACUAGAGCCCACUUUCGAAGAGUCAAGUCAAGCACGGCGAUUUUUGAACCAGAAUUUCAUCUGGUUGACCUAAACCGGGAGGAAGUUAACCGGGAAAGAACGAGUCAAAGGACUCAAAACUCCGGAAAAGCGGAAACGAAGCCGACGCGGGAAAAAGAAGUCCCCACACAAACCCAAUUUGUCUCAGCUUUUUCG